CGUUUUGAAGCUUCGUUUUCUUUCUCUGUCGUUUAGGUACCUAAUGUACGGGCGGUCAUCGUUGAAGAUAUCCGUAUAAAUUAUUAAAUGAAGGUGCUAUAAGUGUUGAUUUUAUGAAAAAGCUGUAGGUUAUAAAUUGUUAAAUAAUGAUCUUGCUGGAGAUCAAUAAUAGAAUUAUAGAAGAAACACUAACAGUUAAAUAUAAAAAUGCACUGGCGCGCUUAAAGCCUGAAUCCAUAGAUGUGACGCUUGCAGACUUUGACGGUGUGCUCUUUCAUAUAUCCAAUGUAAAUGGGGAUAAAACCAAAGUUAGGGUUAGUAUAUCACUGAAGUUUUAUAAGCAGUUAGAGGAACAUGGGGCAGAUGAACUGCUCAAAAGGGUGUAUGGAGAACUGCUCACUGAACCAGAAUCUGGUUACAAUGUAUCAGUACUACUGGACAUGGAGACCAUCCCAGAGGACUGGGAGGCGAUCGUCAAGAAGGUGGGCCUGCUGAAGCGGAACUGCUUCGCCUCUGUGUUCGAACGCUACUUCCGGCUGCAGGAGGACGGCGACGUGGGCCACAAACGUGCCGUCAUCAACUACCGCCAGGAUGAGACCUUAUAUGUGGAAGCGCAAGAAGAUCGAGUGACAGUGGUAUUCUCCACAGUUUUCCGUCAUGAAGACGAUGUGGUCAUCGGCAAAGUAUUCAUGCAGGAACUAAAGGAAGGAAGAAGAGCGUCCCAUACCGCGCCUCAGGUGUUGUUUUCACACAAGGAGCCACCCUUAGAGCUCUUGGACACUGAUGCCAAAGUAGGUGAAAAUAUCAGUUAUGUCACAUUCGUGCUGUUCCCGCGGCACACGUGCGCGGCGGCGCGCGACAACACCAUCGACCUGCUGCACAUGUUCCGCGACUACCUCCACUAUCACAUCAAGUGUUCCAAGGUGUACGUGCACUCGCGCAUGCGCGCCAAGGCGGGCGACUUGCUGAAGGUGCUAAACCGCGCUCGUCCCACGCCCACCUCGCGACCCACCGAGCGGAAGACCAUCUCGGGAAGAACGUUUGUAAGGCGAGAUUGAGUGUUGCGAGUCGGCGAGACGUAGACGCCGAACAUCGCCACCGCUCCACACCACUCGGCUGCACUCCGACCGUCACACCACUCACCACCUACCACGUACCACUUACCACUUAACAGAUACCACUACAGUACGCGUCAGGAAAGUUGAAAAUUGAGUUGUUAUUGUGCUCCGCGCAAGAUGUCUUGAAAACGACGUUCUUGCCACCGUCACCCAAAAGAGGGUUUAUUUUUGCGCUAUCGCCAAAAAACGUGUGUAUUUUGAAAAACUGAUGAUGUUUCUUAAAAAACAAUGAUACAUAAGACCAAACUAAAAAACCUUGGUCUUACGAAGCAUUUUUUAGAAGCACCAACUUUUUAAAAUUCCUACAUUUUUUGGGAAUAACUCAAAAACUACUUUUUGUAGUUUAAAUUCUUUUUAGAAAUAGAUGGUAGUUUUAGUGCUUGUUCAUGUUAACUCUUGGCUCGUAGCGGUUUUCGCGAUCAAAUGUAUAAAUUAAAGUGUGUCACGUAAAAAGAACU